AUGCGUCUACUUACGUUUGCGUCAUGCGUCGUCCUAUGCCUUCUCCGUUGCGCAUCGCUUGCCUUUGAAGUCACGGAUCAUCCAAAUGUGCAGUCGCACCUCCGCUCUGUAGCCUCCCUCCUCAGACGUCGCUCAUCAACGCUCCGCCCUCAGACUUCCUCCUUGAGCUGUCAGACGUCGUCCAUCAGGAAUCAGUCGUCCUCCAUCAGGCAUCCUCCAUCUGGCAUCAGGAAUCCUCCAUCAGGCGUCCUCCAUCAGGAAUCCUUCAUCAGGCGUCCUCCAUCAGGAAUCCUCCAUCAGGCAUCAGGCGUCAGGAAUCCACCAUCAGGCGUCAGGAUCAGGCAUCAGGCGUCAGCAUCAGGCAUCAGGCGUCAGGAUCAGAUUAUACAUGAAACUUCAGACAUGGAAAGAGAAGAGAUCAUCAGAGGCCUAUUUUGCAAUGGACACACACAGAAAGAAAUCAUUUGGAUACUAGACAAAGUUUACAGCUACAGAAUAUCUGACCGUCAUUUACGCCGAAUUUUAAAAUCUUAUUCCUUGUGUCGUCGUGCACUCAAUAGAGACCAUCAAUCUAUUUUUAAUGCUGUUAAAAAUGAAAUUCAAAUUUGCUCCCCCAUGAUUGGUGUAAAAGCAAUGCAUAGGAAAAUCAGAGAUCUCAAAGGCAUUCGACCAUGCUACAGGAAUGAUGUAUAUCAGGUAAUGAGAGUGCUCGACCCAUAUGGACUACAAUUUCGGCGUCCAGGACAGUGUCGUAUCCCUCGAAUUGUUUAUAGCUGCAGAGGCCCAAACGAUGUCUGGCAUAUUGAUGGAAAUGAUAAAUUAAAGUUCUAUGGAAUUUGGAUUCACUUAUGUAUUGAUGGUUUUUCCAGACGUGUUAUAUGGCUUAAUGCGGGUACUACUAAUAGAAAACCGGACAUAAUUGGACGAUAUUUUCUCAAUGCCGUUGAUAGUGCAAAUGGUUGUCCAAGACUAGUAAGAUCGGAUCGUGGGAUUGAGAAUGUCCUGGUUGCUAUAUUUCAGACAUCUUUUCGGUACUAUCAUAAUGACUCAUGUUCUGGUUCCAAGAGUUUUCGCUUUGGAAAAUCUGUUCACAAUCAGCGCGCAGAAUGUUUUUUUGGCCAUCUUAAGAAGUCGUGGAUAUCUAUGUGGCAACAAAAUUUUGAGUUAACCAGUGCUGUGCCAAGUCAGCCAGGCUUCUGUCACCCCCCUUCUAAUGCGUGCAGACGCAGAAACGCACAUGCGUAUUUGUGUCCAAGCGGACAGCCAGAAGCUGUUUGUGUAUGCAGAAGAGCACAUGCAGCUUUUGCAGGUGGGGGAACCAAUCCCCUGAGCUUGGGGAAUGCAACAAAGACAUUGUCUCCAGUUCUGUUUUCUUCCUCUAAUUGAUCAAGAAUUGAAAUUUGAACAGUGUGAAUGGAAUGGACACCUAAUUAGAAAGCAGAGAGGAUUUCACAAUUUUUGUGCAAAACCAGAUGUGCUUUACUUUGCUCCACC